UUAAUGACCCCUUUGUGAUGAAGGCCUGGGCAAAAACAUACCCGGAUAACAAACAUGUUAAAUUCCUUGCCGACGGAGCUGGAAAAUACACUCAUGCUCUCGGGCUUGAGCUAGACCUGUCUGAAAAGGGGCUUGGUGUUCGAUCUCGAAGGUAUGCUCUUUUGGUUGUGGACCUCAAGGUGAAAGCGGCCAACAUUGAAUCUGGAGGGGAGUUCACUGUCUCUGGUGCUGAUGAAAUCCUCAAGGCUCUUUAAGGUUCAUCACUGCCUUCCGUGUGUUUUUGGCUGUAUUUACCGAGCUUCUGGAAUGUAAUGCCAAUUAUAUUUUUGAAAUAUAAGUACUCGGUUCUAUUCCACAAUAUCACAGUUUGUAUGAAGAAUGCUUUAAUAUAGUAAUAAAAAACUUCUUGCUGCUCGGAUUACUUGCUCCACUGUGUGUUGGAGGCAAUUAAAUCCGCAAUGUAACAAAUUGGUCCAAGGUUGAGGUGGAAACAUGUUAAUACAUGUGUACACCACCCAAAUCUUUCGUAAUAAUAUAAUAAAAAUGUGGAAUAUCC